UCCUAAUCCGUUAAGGGGAAUAACUCUUAUGCACUAUUAUUGACACAACACGAAGAAGAAGUCAGUAUUUAGAAGCUAAAAGAAGUUAUUUUGUUUACGCUCGCAAAUCUUUCCAUUUGUAAACUCUCUCCAGAAGGACAUGAUUACAAGAAUGGUAACUGCAUGGAUUGGUCUUAUCUUAUGUCAACUUUUGAUACAAGGGAAUUUCUCGCAGAAAGUUAAUGUGACGGAAUUAAAUCGGCAAUUCUUACUGGCGUUCCCGAAACUUCAAAACCCUAACAUCUAUUUACUAAUUUACACAAUGACUAAAGAGAUUACGGUAACUGUAUCGUUAACCAAUCCAGGCUCCUUUGAUCAUGUAAUGAUCGCUCAGUUAAAAGUAAAGAGGUUAAAGUCUAUUCACUAUCGUCUGGACAAAGGCAACAUACCUUCGCCACUGAAGGAGUAUAGUCACCACAGGUGUCUGGUCCUAGACAGUUAUCAUUCUUUUGGUGUCCACGUCCACAUGUACGACGGAACACAUUCGCUGAGCAGUUUCAUGGCUGUUCCAGUUCAGGCUUUUGGGAGGACCUAUGUGGUCAUUACUCAUGAGAUGCGAUCCUUUUACACCGUGUUGGCCCAGCGGAGAACGAAGGUAUUUGUCUCACUCUUGAUCUAUCCCCCCCAUGAGCUGGUGGUGGACGGGGCGCUCCGACCUGUCGGCAUUCACAACUGGAGAACUGUGGAGUUACAGAAUUACCAGGCUUUCUCGCUAAUGAAAUGUGCUGAGAAAAGCCUUCUUUCUAAUAUCUCGUUAACAGGAAGUAGAAUCGAGAGCAUUCGUCCUAUAGGGGUCAUUUCCGGUAGCUGCAGCUUCAUCUACUUCGAAUGUAAAUAUCUUGAUAUUUUACUCACUUACCCCGAUAUGGCUUCAGAAAUGCUUCUUCCGGUGAAAAUGUUCGGUCAAAACUUUGUCAUUGUUUACUCGCAUAAAAGGGCGAACAAUGACUCCAUCAUCAUAACUACUUCUGAAUCGAACACAGCCGCGAUAUUCUACUCCAAGAAUUCUACAAGUAAACUUUCUUUGAAACAUAGUCGUAUAAACAAAUUUAGACUCUCGAAGCCUGAAUGUUAUGUUGUCAGCAACAAGCCUGUCGCCAUCUACUAUUAUGCUACCUCCAUAUGUAGUGAUACCCCAUCAGAAGGCGGCCCCUCAAUUAUGAUGAUAAUGCCGAAUGAGCUUUUCUACAAUGUCUAUGUAUGGGUGGAUCCCCCAGAAGAGGAGGCUUUAUGUGUCAUUAGCCUCGUCAUACCAGUAACGACAAGCAUCGAGAAAGUCUUUUGGAACGGUGGCUCCAUUCCUUAUGUAAAUAAACAGGUGGAGAAAGGUGUGAUCAUGUCCAACCACUUCAUAGUGACGCUUGAAUUGUGGUUCAAUAGUACUGAAGCAUCUCUGGAGGCCUCCUUUAACUUUGGAUGUUACUUCUCUGGAUUUAACAUAGGAUCUUUCUUCCAAGCGGCUGGGUUUCUCUACCAAGACGAAAAAAGGUAUUCACCAUGUGGCUAUUUUGUCCAUGUUGAUGAUGACGGGAAAGACAAUGAUUGUGAUAACCUUGUCGACGAGGAGUUACGAAAUGGUGUAGACGACGACGGGGAUGGACUCAUAGACGAAGAUACGUAUAAAGUUUCAGAUUGCGAUAAGGCCGGAAGGUGGGCGAAAGGUUGCCUUCAAGCCUGCUCGGACUUUUGCUUUUCUAAAUGUGACAAAUAUAAUGGUACUUGUUCGAGCUGCGUGAAUGGCCGAACUAAUCCGCAGAACUUUUGCUUAGAUGAAUGUCCAAAGUAUACUUACGGAAAAAACUGCAAAGGGAAUUGUUCUGAGAAAUGUAAUGGCAGAGACUGUAUCGAACGUAGUCAAGGACAAUGUUUACCACUGGACAUUACGUCGACUCAGGUUCCUGUGAUCACAGAAAAACUGUCCAUGGCAUCCAAACUUCCCGCCACAACACCACUGACCGUAACAACACAAACACCGGAAACAGUGGCAGUGUUUAAUACAACAGUUAUUCCCGUCACGUACACAACAAUGCUGCCCCAUGGGGAGAAGACAGAACCAAAACAAGACUCGAAAUUUAUUACGAUAGGGGUAGUGAUUCUGACACCAAUUCUUAUUGGAGUCUUGGGUAGCAUUUGCUUGAACAUAAUAGGCAAACGUCGUAGGUCGAGUAAAACAGCCAGUGAAUGAUGAAGAUCAAGAGCCAGCUGUUAAGAACGCGAAGUCGGAUCCGGACGAAAAGAAGGGAGCAUUAAUUUAGGCGAUGGGCUGCUCCUCUGAUGCAGAUGAAUGAACUAGAAACACAUUUCUAAGUUUAUUUCUCAAAUAUUGAAUACACUGGAAGCUAACAGAAUGACAAUUUCCCAAAACGGAAAGCAUUAGGCGGAAAUUUUUUUUAUUCUCAGGAAUUUUAAAACAUCAACUUGAUUAUCAGGAUAAUAUUUCCUUUGAUACAUUUUUUAUGUAUUAUGUCUGGUACUUUUUAUAAAAACUACUCUUUGUUUUCUUUUUUUUUGUGGAAUAAUAAAUUCAAUGUC